AGGGGGAGGAGCAGAUCAGGUCCAUGAGAACAGGAAGAGUAGAGUCAGCUGAGACUCCAUUUAGUGUGAAGAGAACAGAGCAGGAGGAGGAAACUGAAGGCUGAGGCAGGGUGAGUGACUGACUUCAGAUCAGAAGAUGAGUGAUUUGGAGGAAGAGGAGGACGGAGCAGAGUCUGUAGUAUCUGGCUGUCAGUCUAUGAAGAGUGACUGGUCCAAAGAUGAUCCUCUGAACUUCAGUGCUGAACCUGGACCCUCAGACACAAAAGAGAAGAGGAGUGAAGUUUCUGAGGAGGAGCUGUCCAGAACCAGAACCAGAACCAGAACCAGAGCUGGACUGCAGACAGCCAGUCAGAGCAGCUCUGAAAAAAAGAUCAGUGGUCAGCAUAAACAUAAACAUAAGAUCAGAGUGAAGGGGACAUAUGAACGUGUGACUGAAGGAGACAAAAAAACAGUAAGUGAAACCCCCCUCAACAGGAUCUUCACUGAGGUCUACAUCACAGAUGAACUGAGUGAAGAAGUUAAUACCCAACAUGAGGUGAGGCAGCUCGAGACAGCUUCCAAGAUGAAGACCCUCCAUGACUCUCCAAUCAAGUGCAGCGACAUCUUUAAAGCCUUACCUGACCAACAGAAACACAUCAGAGUCGUUAUGAUGAUCGGCGUCGCUGGCGUUGGAAAAACCUUCUCAGUGCAGAAGUUCUGUCUGGACUGGGCCGAGGGUUUGGAAAACCAAGAUGUGGAUCUGGUGAUUCCUCUUUCCUUCAGGGAGCUGAACUUGAUCAAAGAUGAGCAGUACAGUCUUCUGGAGCUGCUCCGUGUUUUCCAUCCAACAUUACAGGAGGUCACAGCAGAGCAGCUCGCUGGCUCUAAAGUUCUCUUCAUCUUUGACGGCCUGGAUGAAAGCAGACUUUCACUGGAUUUCAACAAGAGGAAGGUUGUUUCUGAUGUCAGUCAGAAGUCAUCAGUCAACGUGCUGUUGACAAACCUCAUCGAGGGGAAGCUGCUUCCCUCGGCUCUCGUCUGGAUAACUUCCCGACCUGCAGCAGCCAAUCAGAUCCCUCCUGCGUGUGUUGACAGGGUAACAGAAGUACGAGGCUUCACUGACGACCAGAAGGAGGAGUACUUCAGGAAGAGAGUCAGUGAUGAAGAGCUGUCCAGCAGAAUCAUCUCCCACAUCAAGACAUCCAGGAGCCUCCACAUCAUGUGUCUGAUCCCAGUCUUCUGCUGGAUCACUGCUACAGUUCUGGACCACAUGUUGACUACAGACCAGAGAGGAGAGCUGCCCAAGACCCUGACUGACAUGUACUCACACUUCCUGCUGGUUCAGACAAAGAGGAAGAAGCUCAAGUAUGCUGAGGGACAUGAGACGAGUCCACAGGAGCUGACGGAGGCUGACAGGGAAGUUCUUCUGAAGCUGGGGAGGCUGGCGUUUGAACAGCUGGAGAAAGGAAACAUCAUGUUCUACCAAGAAGACCUGGAGCGCUGUGGUCUGGAUGUCACAGAGGCCUCGCUGUACUCAGGAGUUUGUUCAGAGAUCUUCAAAAGAGAGAGUGUGAUCUUCCAGAAAACAGUCUACUGCUUCGUUCAUCUGAGUGUUCAGGAGUUUCUGGCUGCAGUCUACCUGUUCCACUGUUACACCAACAGGAACAUACAGGUACUGGAGGACUUCCUGGGGAAAGACUUCAAGCACAGGGACUCAAACACAGAGUCUUUUCUCGAGAAGAUUUCUAAGCUUUUUGGAAUGAAAGACAAUUACCCAUCUCUGGAUGUCUUCCUGAAGAGAGCCAUGGAGAAAUCCCUUGAGAGUAAAAAUGGCCACCUGGACCUGUUUGUCCGCUUCCUUCAUGGCCUCUCUCUGGAGUCCAACCAGAGACUCUUAGGAGGCCUGCUGGGUCAGACAGACAACAGUCCAGAAAUCAUCCAGAGAGCCAUCAACAACCUGAAGGAGAUCAACAGUGAUGGGAUCUCUCCUGACAGAAGCAUCAACAUCUUCCACUGUCUGACGGAGAUGAACGACCACUCAGUCCAUCAGGAGAUCCAAGAGUUCCUGAAGUCAAAAAAGAGAUCAGAGAAGAAACUCUCUGUGAUCCACUGCUCAGCUCUGGCCUACAUGCUGCAGAUGUCAGAGGAGGUUCUGGAUGAGUUGGACCUGAGUCAGUACAACACAUCAGAUGAGGGAAAACUGAGACUGGUUCCAGCUGUGAGGAACUGCAGAAAGGCUCGAUUGUGGAGCUGCGGUUUGUCAGAGAUCAGCUGUUCUUCUCUGGCCUCAGCUCUGAAGUCCAACCCCUCCCAUCUGAGAGAGCUGGACCUGGGGGGCAACAACCUGAAGGAUUCAGCAGUGAAGCAGCUGUGUGCUGGAUUGGAGAGUCCAAACUGUAGACUGGAGACUCUGAGAUUGAGGGGCUGCGGUUUGUCAAAGAUCAGCUGUGCUGCUCUGGCCUCAGCUCUGAAGUUCAACCCCUCCCAUCUGAUGGAGCUGGACCUGGGUCUCAACCAGCUGAAGGAUUCAGGAGUGAAGCUGCUGUGUGGUUUUCUGGAAAGUCCAAACUGUAGACUGGAGACUCUGAGAUUGUUCAGCUGCGGUUUGUCAGAGAUCAGCUGUGCUGCUCUGGUCUCAGCUCUGAAGUCCAACCCCUCCCAUCUGAAAAAGCUGGACCUGGGCUACAACAACCUGAAGGAGUCAGACGUGAAGCAGCUGUGUGAUCUGAAGGAGAGUCCAGACUGUAGACUGGAGACUCUGAUGGUGGUCUCCGUAAGUGUGAUCAGAAGGAGGAUGUUGGAGGAUCAGCUGAGUCCUGAUGAUCCGAGAGCUUGAAGCAGCAGCAUCACCUCUAACUGGGCCAUGUUACUGGGAGGUAGAGUGGAGAGACUGACUGAGGCUCUGCACGGUUCAUCAUUAGCAAUGACACGUGGUCAUGAAAGAAGUAUGUCGGGUGAGUUGAUUGGCCGACAUUAGCCUCUCCUGGUCAGUGACGGUGGCUCUGUCUCCAUCAGAAUCAGCUGACUCAGCAUACGUCAGACUACAGAGUGGAGCCAAGUGUGUAGAGCAUAU